CAGGGGAUGGGGGCCCUGGGGCGAGGGAUUUCGCCUUUUGUGCAAGAAAAAGAAUAUAUAUAUGUAAGUGGAAACCAAAACAACCACGUCUUUAUUUAUUAUGCGCUUACGCAAUAUUCUACGUACCAAACCCUAAUACAACUAGGUUUUCUCUUGUAUAUAUAUAUACAAUACAACGUCCCGUAGAUUAAUUAAUCCUCAUUUAAUUUAGCAAAAAAUAAAAUAACACCAUAAUUAAUCAAGAUGGAACACGAUGCAAUCGUCGGCAAGGGUUUGGCCGGCGCUCUCGAAUUUCUUCGAAUCCGACGAAUGUUGAAGAAGACCGUCGACUGGUCCGGUCGUAACACCGAGAAGAAAAAAAGCAAACUCGUCGGUGAAGAAUCGGAGGAAGAAGACGGAAUAAGGAUUGAUAGAACAGACGAGUACGGAAGAACUCUUACACCGAAAGAAGCCUUUCGGAGAUUAUCGCACGCCUUCCAUGGGAAGAAGCCCGGUUUAACCAAACGGAAUAAGCGUAUGCGCCGCUAUCACAAGGAUUUAACGGUGAAGAAGAUGAGUCUGAAAGAGACGCCGUUGAAUUCCGUAGGGAAGAUGUGGGAUGCUCAGGAGAAGCUGCAGACGCCGUUUCUUGUUUUGAGUGGCCACUACGUUAUUUAGGGUUUUGUUUUUAGGGUUUUUCUCUAGGUAUGUUUUCAAAUUUCUUUUAUUUUAUUUUGUUUUGUUUUGUUUUAAUUAUUUGGUGCAGAUUUUGAGUUUAACUGAACCAGUUUCUACUAUGGAUCUAAAGGAUGAAGAUGAUUUCUUCAGAUAAAUAGGUGUGUUAAUUACUUUACUAUUAUUAAAUUAAU